CCCAUGGCCCAAAAUGAACCAGCGCUUAAUCCCUGGGAUGUAGCCUUUCUGUAUGUCUCCCCUCGGACGGAGGCAGCUGUUGCGGUUGAACCUCCACCAUGUUGAGCUACAGGAGCUUGUUAUGGAAAAGGAAAAGGACCAAAACUAAAACCAAAAACCAAAACAAAAACGUGCUUAGGUGCAAGAAUAAUGGUAUAAAGCAAACUCUCAUUUCAGACAAUUAUCAACCAGAAGAAGAAGAAGAAAACGAUGAAGGUUUCAGCCUCAAAACCUCUGCUACUUCACACUCUCAUGGGGUUCAACCACUGGGAAAUUUCUACCUCAACUCGUCUUCUGUCAACUCUAGAAACACAGGUUUGGGGAAUCUCCAAACCCUAACAGAUGAGCUUGUUAUUGAUAUUCUAGGGCUAUUAGGUGCUACCCAUUUGGGGGUUUUAGCGACUGUGAGCAAAUCUUUCUAUGUAUUCACUAACCAUGAACCCCUUUGGAGGAACCUUGUGUUGGAAAAUCUUAGUGGUGGGUUUAUCUUUAAUGGGUCGUGGAAGUUCGCUUACAUUGCUACUUGUUAUCCUUCUUUUGAUGCCAUGAAUAUCGGUUUAUCGCGUCUGAGAGUGAGGGACUUUUAUUCUGAUUAUCUCUUUCAGAGUUGGCUCUGUGCCAAUCUUGAAAUGAAACCCGAGUGGCUUGAAAGAGAUAACAUAAUUCGGAAGAAGGGCAUUUCGGUGGAAGAAUUUGUGUCUAAUUUUGAGGAACCGAAUAAGCCUGUGCUAUUAGAAGGGUGUUUAGAUAACUGGGCUGCUCUUCAAAAAUGGGAUAGAGACUAUUUGGUUAAGCUCUCUGGCGAUUUACAUUUUUCAGUAGGGCCUGUUGAGAUGAAGCUUGAGAACUACUUUAGGUACUCAGAUCAAGUGAGGGAAGAGAGGCCAUUGUAUUUAUUCGACCCGAAAUUUGCAGAAAAGGUUCCGAGAUUGGGUUCGGAGUAUGAAGUUCCAGUAUAUUUCCGGGAGGAUUUGUUUGGUCUGUUGGGCAAUGAGAGACCGGAUUACAGAUGGAUUAUAAUUGGACCUGCGGGUUCUGGUUCAUCAUUCCACAUUGAUCCUAAUUCAACAUCAGCAUGGAAUGCAAUGAUAAAAGGGUCCAAGAAAUGGGUUUUGUUUCCUCCUGACGUGACUCCACCAGGAGUGCAUCCCAGCCCGGAUGGUGCUGAGGUAGCAUGCCCUGUUUCAAUAAUUGAGUGGUUUAUGAAUUUUUAUGGUGCAACCAAAACUUGGAAAAGGAAACCCAUAGAGUGUGUUUGUAAAGCUGGGGAGGUGAUUUUUGUGCCUAAUGGAUGGUGGCAUUUGGUGAUCAACCUUGAGGAAUCAAUUGCCAUUACCCAGAAUUAUGUCAGCAGGAGCAACUUGUUAAAUGUGUUGGAUUUUCUUCAGAGGCCAAAUGCUAGUGAACUGGUUUCUGGGACAAAAGAUAGGGUGAAUUUGUAUGAGAAGUUUAAGAAUACUUUUGAGGCUUCCUUUCCCGGAACUAUUGAUCAGUUGAUUAGGAAAGCAGAGGAGAAAAUGGCUGAAGAGAAAAAGCCCUCCUUCUGGGAUACUGUGACCGAUUCAAAGGCAGGUGCUUUCAAGUUCUCACUCUAGGGUUAGUUCACCACAAUAGACCAAGCAACCAGACAAUUUUUGUAUCUUUUCAUAUGAGUGCCAUAUGUGCUUUAAGAAGGUCAACAAUUUCAACCAAUUUUGACAUUUUGAUUUUUUU